AUGGUAUCUAAGAUUAUUUUCUUAAUGGCAGACUACAGUCAUGGCCCGACAGAGACUGCAAUCCCCUGGGUAAUCUUUCAUGAAGCCGACUUUGAAAUCCACUUCGCAACAGAGUCUGGCAAGCCUCCCGUUUGCGACGAGAAGAUGUUAUCUGGCUGGACAGGCGCUCUCCUUGGGGCAUCAAAAGCUGCCAAAUCUGCUUAUCAGACCUUGUCCUGCAACGAAAAUUUCAGAAAUCCGCGCGCUUGGACGGAGCCAGCAUUUAAUCUAGAUUCUUACGAUUUGGUCUUUCUGCCUGGCGGCCAUGACAAGGCAGUUCAGCUGGUUAUUGAUUCAAGGAAUGUCCACCACCAUGUUGCAAGCUACUUCCCGAAGACAAGAAAACCCUCCAGUAAGUGCGUAGCUGCGAUCUGCCACGGCGUCCAAGUUCUUGCUUCGUCAUCACUGCCCGACGGCCGGAGCAUUAUACACGAUGUGCAGACUACAGCGCUGCCUGCGUUCCUAGAAGAGAACUAUUAUAAGACAUAUGGUGCUGGGACGGACUCGGUCGAAAAGAUUGUGAGGGAAAGUCUUGACGAGAACUCGCAGUUCAAGAAUAGUUAUAAUCCUACUUCCACGUUUGUCGUUCACGACCUAACGUACAAUUACUUGUCGGCUCGAUUUCCGCCUGACGCAGAGCUGCUCACGCAGAAAGCUGUGGAGUUGGUAAACGAAGCGUGUGGCACUUCUAAAGCCUAG